CGCCCUUCAAGAAAUCGACGCCUUCAAGAAAUCGACGCAAACCGGAAGUACGUGCUUUUUUUCGCUAUUUUUCCCGGCAUGCUCCGCGUAAACAUACUGCGUAGUCAAGUGCGUGUCCUUUGUAAGAAACGUUACUGGCUGAUUGAUGUUUUCCACAUAUUAUCCCAGCCGUAAUUCUCUAUAGGGCUACCCUGGAUGUUUAUCACCUCCGUAUUACCCGACGUAGUAUUACAGGUAAAAUGUACACGGCUUGUAAACACAUUGCAUCAAACUUAGUGAUAAACACAAACCUUGAAUAAAGGCAUCUUAAGUAUCCAAAUGAUGUCCUUUGUUUUUGUCUCCAAUUCAUCUCUCUUGUGAGUGUAAAUAAAAUCGUCCCGAUCAAUUGUAGUUAGGAUUGUUUUCUUGUUUGAGUCAAUAAUGUGUGUCACAACAUACGUACACAUGUAGUAGUUUGGUGAAUUGCCGCUAGAGACCCUUACAAUAGUACUGUUACAAGACGGGUUACGUACGUAACUGAUAUUGAAGUUUAAUUUAAAAAGAAAUCCUUUAGAAUAUCCAACUUUAGCAAAGGAUGGCCUAGUUCUGUUUGUUUAUCUAAAAUAAAAGCCCAAAUUAUGUGUGUUUACAUUUUAAAACAACAUUAAUUAAACCAAAAAUGUCAAAUCAGUUUUCAGAAUGCCACGGAAAUAUAACUUAGAACAAUUAGAUGCAGCUGUUUUGUCUGUGCAAGCAGGCACGUACACGUUGACUGAAGCGUCACGCGCUUUUGGUGUGCCAGUAACAACGAUUGGUGACCAUGUGUCAGGAAGACUGAAGUUUACACCUAAGAAAAAACCGUUAAUGAACCCAGACGACGAGGAAGCCCUAAUAGCCUAUGCUAUGCUUAUGGCUGACUGGGGUUUUCCUCUGACAAGAGACCUGAUGGGGCACUUUGCAAAAGGGAUCAUGAAAGAAAGGGACCCAAAUGUGGAGUUUCUUGCAUCGGAUGGUUGGUGGUGGCGCCUUAGGCAAAGGCACCCCGAGCUCUCUCUAAGAAAGCCGGGAUUAAUCAAUAGAGGCAGAGCCGUCAUGUCGCAGCCAUCCGUUGCAGAAUCGCAUUUUGAUUUACUAAAAGAAACCCUCGCACUGCACAACAUUACCGAUCCAAGUAAAAUCUACAAUGUAGAUGAGACUUACUUUCAGUCUAAAGCAAGCUCGAAAGUUGUCGCCAAGAAGGGAAAACAGUUCCCAUAUGAAAGAGAGGUAACCAAUGCCAACCAUGUUACUGUCGUGGAGUGUGGCAGUGCCGUUGGCCAGCUGCUGCCACCGAUGAUUAUAUUCGAGGGCUGUCCCCCAGCACCUGAAGCCAUACAGCAAGGGCCGGAAGACGCCCUUUAUGGCUCCUCUGAGUCGGGGUACAUAGACUCUGACAUGUAUUUGCAAUGGUUUGUCAAAAUUUUCUUGAAACACGCCCCCUCUGCCAGGCCCUUGAUAUUGUUGCAAGACAACUUAGCAGCCCAUGCUUCCAAAGGUCUUAUUGACAGUGCUAAGGAAAACAACAUCAUUUUAUUUAAUAUCCCAGCCCACACUUCUCAUUUUUUACAACCCCUGGAUCAAAUUUUUAAAGAUCUAAAAUUGGAGUAUAGAAAAAUUGCAAAAUCCGCCAGUCUUUUACGGAAAAACCUUCUUAUCACUAAAGCAACUUUUCCAGCAAUUUUUAAAUCUGCUCGAAGGAAAGCACUAACACCAGAAAAACUAUCAGCGUCUUUCAAAACUACAGGGAUAUGGCCACUCAACCCAAAGGCUAUAAAGGCAGAUAAAUACAUAGAAAACGACAGAGCACAUAAGAAGACAAAGACAAGUGGAGACGUGUGCUGCCUCAUAUUGGAGUGCAGCGGUGACGACGAAGAGAGAAAAGACCAAACCACUCAGACAUAUUACGAUGACAAUGGACAGCCGACAGACAAGACGGACUCGAUGACGCAAACAGACUCUACUGACGCGACACCUGUCUGUUACUGUGGUCACAUAUGCAAGAUUGAGCAACACCCAAUGGUGAAGAUGGGCAUAGUGUCUCCAACCAUCGCGAAAGUGCUGAUUGUACCAGCAGAAGGGGCACCCAUGAGAAAAAGAAGAUUUGCAACAGAUUAUAGUAGAUCACAAGUACUGACGUCGGACGAAGUGAUGGCAGAAAAAAGAAGAAAAGAGGAAGAAAGCCAAAGGAUUGUUCAAGAAAAACAGAAGAAAAGGGAAGAUGCCGCUAAGCGAAGGAUAGAGAAGGAGGAGGAGAAGAAAAGAGCGGGCGAGGAGAGGGAGAGAAAGAGGGCUGAGGCACACGAUCGAAAGGCACAGAAGGCCUUGGAAGUGGAACGGAGAAAAGAAUUAAGAAGACAGGAGAAAGAGAAAAAGGAAGAAGAGAAAAGGAAAAGAGCAUAUGAAAAGAGGGCAAAAAGAAUGGGCAUCGUGGCAGGAAAUUUCUUCAUUGAAGAACCGCGGGAAGGAACCGUGGCACCAAGUAGACCUACACCCCGUCGGCCGGCACCGAUAUGUACCGUAUGCAACGGUAUGGAGCCACCAAGUACUAGCACAACUGAGUUGGUGGAAGAAGUGUACGAGUUUAUUCGGUGUGUCGUUUGCAAUGCGCAAGAACAUCUUUCUUGCGCGAAAACACCCACAUUUUUGGACGUUUUUUUAUGCCAUAACUGCUGGCAGGCAUCAGAAUAAAAGAGUAUUGGUUUAGUUCUUUUCAACAUGUAUAUUGUUUAUUAUUAUAAUUACAGUUUUUCAACGUAUUAAUAUUACAGAUAAAGUAAUGUACAUAAAUUUGUGGCCCUUCAUUUGCCCCUUCAUGUCUGUUGUAAAUUCUGUCGUCUGUGAUUGUUUGUUUUCUGUCACAUUGUUCAUCUUGAAAUGAUAAAAUGUGUGUGUAUUCUUUUUUCCGUUUUGAUUAAAAUGGGGCGGUAUACGUAAUUAGGACUACCUCUGUAUAUUAUAAGAUUGUAGUGGAAAUAUAAGUGGUCUUUGAGAAAAGUAAAAUCUUUUAUGACCAAACACUAUUUGUGAGUCUAGAGUUCGUUCUCAGUACGUUUACUUAAGUUCAAUUUCUAAUACACUUUCUAUAAACAUAUAUGACGCCUUACACGCUUCAGACAUCAUUAAAAGCCGAAUUCGUGAAUCGUUUGAACUUUCUUGAAAUGCUAUGAAAACAUGAGACAACAUUGAAAUAUAAAUCGAAAUAAAAAAACAAA